CUCAUCCCUAAUACAGAGCAGUUUGAGCACUGACGCCUGAGCGUUUCUCUCCCUUCCGCUUCUGUUAGCAUUAACUAGAGCCACUGGUUAUGCACAGAGAAGGCCAAGCCCUCCUUGAACCUUGCUCAAUUCUUGGCUGCAAAACGGUGACGCCCCCCUGGGGCGCGGGGCACACGCCGGCAGCAUGUUGCAAUAGCCCCGCACUGCUGGCAGGGAGGAAGCCGCAGGCUGAGUCAUUUCCAAGCGGCAAAGGUUGGGUGUUUUGUCCUCACGCGGAGAUGCUGCUGGCUGACGCAUCCGUUAGGUGGAGCAGAGUUACGAUAUGAUCGGUGAGAGCUGGCCGUGCGUUCAGCCCUGAAGAAAGCCAAGGUGCAAAUGCAGUCCCUGGCCUGGGGAACCUAGCGUGCUAGCUGACAGUGCGGGCGGCACCCAACGCUGUACAGACACACAGGGCUCGGGCAGCAGAGCCGGAAAGCCAGAUCUUCAGCCUGAGAGAGAUGCAGCUGCCAGUGCUGGUGGGGUCCCUUGUGGUCCUGCUGGGUGCGUCCGGGGCACGGGACCCUGCCCUGGAGGAAGGCUGGCGAGGAUGGAAGACCUUCCACGCUAAGGACUAUCCUGAAGAGGCGGAAGCUUUCCGCAGGACGGUCUGGGAGAAGAACCUGCGGCGGAUCGAGCGCCACAACCUGGAGGAGUCUCUGGGGAAGCACAGCUACCGGCUGGAAAUGAACCACUUCGGGGACCUGACGGACGAAGAGUUUAACCAGCUUCUGAACGGUUUCCUAGCCGAGCGGCACGGCGGGAAGGUGCCUCUCUUCCAGGCAUCGGCUGCUCGGGAGACUCCCAAGGAGGUGGACUGGCGCGCAAAGGGUUAUGUCACCCCCGUGAAAAACCAGGGCCACUGCGGGUCCUGCUGGGCUUUCAGUGCCACGGGAGCCCUGGAGGGCUUGGUCUUCAAGAAGACGGGCAAACUGGUGUCACUGAGUGAGCAGAACCUCAUGGACUGCUCGAGGAGGCUGGGGAACAACGGGUGCCAUGGGGGCUUCAUCACUCGGGCCUUCCAGUACGUGCGGGACAACAAGGGCAUCAACUCGGAGCUCAACUACCCCUACUUGGAGAGGGACGAAUUCAGCUGCCAUUACAACCCCCAGGACAACGCUGCCAACUGCACCUCUCUCAUGCAGAUCCAGCCAGGCAACGAGACCGCUCUGGAGCAGGCAGUGGCCACUGUCGGCCCGGUCUCCACUGCUGUGGAUGCCAGCACCUUCCACUUCCACUUCUACAAGUCAGGAGUCUUCACCGACAGCCAGUGCAGCCAAACAGUGAACCACGCGAUGCUGGCCGUGGGCUACGGCACGUCCCAGGAGAACGGGAAGAGCACCCCCUAUUGGCUCCUAAAGAACAGCUGGUCUGAGCUAUGGGGCGAAAAAGGUUACAUCCGGCUGGCGAAAGGAGCCAACAAUCACUGUGGUGUGGCCAAUCAAGCCAGCUAUCCCGUCUUGUAGCCGGUGCUGGGUUUUCCUCCUGCCCUGGGCCUGCAUGGCAGAAGGCCUCGCAUACUGUGUGGGGUUUUUUUUCUUCCCACAGUCUAAAUGACUUGAUCGUCUUCAGCAUGGAGAUUCUUUUUGCUCCUGGCAGUGAUUUCUGGGCUGUUUCUUAGCUGCGAUUUACAUGGGUUUAGAAGCGAUUAAAAGUUGUGCAGCAAAUUGCUCUUGCAAGCCUGGGUAAGUCCUGUUCUGGCCACGCCGCAGCAUCGCUGAACGAGGCUUAGUGUUCUGUCCAACGUAUUCAUAAAAUAAAGAAUGUUUUCCUCUCAGUGUGAAAACCAGUCUCCUU